CACGGCAGCAAGAUGAGUCGCAGACAGGCGGGGCCCACCCGCUUUCCAACGUUCUCGUCAGCUCUGCUCCCCCGGCUGUUCGAAAAAAAUUUAAACAUCCCCUCCCUCCGUUCGUCCUCCCCUCCUACUCAAUCUCCUCAUCGGCUCAUCGCCGCCGGGAUCCAAACGCAUCCUCCUCUCAACGUUGAUGUCGAGCAACGCCGCCUUCCGACGCUCGACGUCGUCGGCAGCGGCCGCGACGGCCAAGCGCCCCGCGGUGGCGGCGGAGAGCGCCGGCGUGGGAGGCAAGGCGGCCCCAGCGGCGCAGGCCAAGAAGCGCGUCGCGCUCGGAAACAUCACCAACGUCGUCGCUGGAGCGGGAGCGGGAGGGGGGAGGGCCAUCGGCUCCGGGAAGGCCUUCGCGGCCCCGGCGAGCACCGCGGAAUUGAAUCCAGCUACCUCAGCUGCACCAGUCAAGAAGGGAUCCUUGGCAAGUGCUCGUGGUGUUAGCUCUGCUCAGUGUUCUGCUGUGAAAUCUGCUUCGACCAAACCUGCUCCAGCUGUAUCUCGCCAUGACAGAGCAACACAAAAGCACAAUGUUCCUCCUCCGAAAGUGCCGACUGCUGUGCCUACUGUCGCGCUUGCCAUUGCACCCUGCAGCAGCGUUGUGUCUCCUCUAUACUCAGGAGACUCAGUUCCCAUUGAUGAGACGAUGUCAGCUUGCGACUCUAAGAAAAGCCCAGACUUUUCUACAUUGGAGACACGGUCUAAUGAACACCUACGUAUCUCGGAGGAUAGAGACGUUGAAGAAACUAAGUGGAAGAAGAAUGCCCCUGCCCCCAUGGAUGAGGAUCCGCAGUUGUGUCCUACUCCAGCUCCUGACAUCUACAUGCUCUUGCGUGACGCUGAGACCAAGAAAAGGCCAUCAGCGGAUUUUAUGGAAAGGAUUCAAAAGGAUGUAACUUCAAGCAUGAGGGCUAUUUUGAUAGACUGGCUUGUGGAAGUUGCUGAAGAAUAUCGUCUUGUUCCAGAUACUAUAUACCUGGCAGUUAACUACAUGGAUCGUUAUCUUUCUGGCAACCAAAUCAACCGCCAAAGGCUGCAAUUACUUGGCGUUGCUUGCAUGCUUAUAGCUGCAAAAUAUGAAGAGAUAUGUGCACCCCAUGUAGAAGAAUUCUGCUACAUAACUGACAACACAUACUUCAGAGAUGAGGUUUUAGAAAUGGAAGCUUCUGUCCUGAAUUACCUGAACUUUGAAAUGACUGCACCCACAGCAAAAUGCUUUUUGAGGAGAUUUGUUCGUGCUGCACAAGUAUUUGACAAGGAUCCAGCUUUGCAUCUCGAGUCCAUAGCCAAUUAUGUCGCUGAGCUAUCAUUGCUGGAGUACAAUCUACUUUCUUACACUCCUUCAAUAAUAGCUGCGUCAGCUAUCUUCUUGGCGAAAUUUAUACUCCAGCCAACGAAGUAUCCUUGGAAUUCCACCCUUGCCCAGUUCACACAAUACAAGCCAUCGGAAUUAUGCGACUGUGUGAAGACACUGCACCGCCUUUUCAGUGUUGGUCCUGGGGGUAACCUUACUGCAAUCAGAGGAAAGUACAGUCAACAUAUGUACAAAUUUGUUGCAAAGAUUUACUGUCCAGCGUCAAUUCCUACGGAGUUCUUCCGAGAUGCGACGUGCUAGAGGGGAAGCAGCCCAGGAGUAGUUACAGUUGCUUACUGAAUUCUUCCUCUUAUGGCUCAAACCUCAAAUGCCAGGUUGCACCGGACAUCUGUGCAGCUGGUUCGUUAAUGCAGAAGGUGCUGAUGGCCCCUGUUAUUUCAGGUGAUUGGCAGAUUGUAGGUUCUAGGCCGCUCUCGAGUGUUUGUGAUAUGUGAUGACACUAUGACAGCGGUGUGCUCCUUUGUCUUCCUGAGAGAAUGCACCUAUUUGACCCAUGUUUUUUUUCAUGUAAAUUGGAGUCCUGCAGCAAAGCAUAACAUCUCGUUUGUAAUAUCAUAAGACUGGGUGUCACAGGACUGCUCGCCUGAUACCUUCAUAAGGGCAUGAACAAACAGUCAGGUGUUUAAGAAAAAAGAGCG